UCCCAGGGCCUGGGCCUGGACCCGGCUCGCACAGCCCUGUCUCCCCCUGCACCAUGCAGUGACCCUGCAGCAUCCAGCAGGCGAUGCUGUGGCCUAUUGCAUCUGUUGCUGCAUGGGAGCACCCACAAUGUCUGUGCACAAUGGCUGGAAACAACACACAAAGCUGCUGCAAAGGUGGUGCCAGGCUCCUGGCUGCUGCACCUGCUGCUGUUCAUCCCAGGAAUCAAUGCCGGCUCCCACUCCUACCAGCAUUUCUACAUGGCAGUAUCAGAUCCCAGCUCAGAUGUGUUCACCUUCACUGCCGUGGGCUACGUGGACGACCAGCAAGUUCUCCACUACGACAGCGAGACGCAGAGACAGGAGCCGCGCGGGGACUGGGUGCAGGGCGCCGUCGGACCAGACUUCUGGGAGGGGGAAAGCAGGACCUUGCGGGCCUGGCAGCGGGGAUUUAAACGGAACCUGCGCACCCUGCGGUAUUACUACAACCAGACCAAGGGGUCUCACACGCUCCAGUUCACGUACGGCUGUGAGCUCCGUGAAGACAACAGCACUGGAGGCCACAUGCAGCUGGGCUACGACGGGGCAGACUUCAUCAGCUAUGACCUGGCAACGCGCACCUGGGUAGCAGCCCCGGCACAGGCCCAGCGCACCCAAUGCAAGUGGAAUGAGGAUAAACCUGUUCUUCAGGAUACAAGAAGCUACCUGGAGGAGACCUGCAUCGCGUGGCUGCGGCAGUACCUACGGCACGGGGAGGCAGCGCUGCAGAGCAGGCGUCCCGUGGCACAGGUGAGUGACAGGCCGUCGUCCCGGGAUGGACGCACCACCCUGUCCUGCCGGGUCCGUGGCUUCUACCCCCGGGACGCGGCGGGGUACGACCCAGGGAUGACUGUGGGUGUCGUUAUCGGUGUCAUUGUGCUGGUCAUUGCUGUGACAGGAGCAGCUGGUUACUUCUGCAGGAAAGUGAAACCACUGGGGACUUUGCCCGGCUGCAGAAGGAAGCAGAACAGACACGGACUCGGAUCCAUGGGGCUGGGGGCUCUCAUCGUCCUCCUCCUCCCCUCCCUCUUCAUCAGGAGAGCCAGCUCCCAGCUGCGGGUGGUGACGGACCCCUCCUCCCAGGCCCUGCUGGGCACCGAGGCCCGGCUGCGGUGCCACUUCGAUGUCGGGGGGCCGGUGGCCCUGCGCUCCCUCUGGGUGACCUGGUAUCUCUGGGACGAGAAGAUCGCGCAGUACGAUGAAGGUGGGAGUAGGGCCCAGCCUGGAGCCAGCCUGGUGGAGAAGCAGUUGGAGAAGGGAGAUGCCUCCCUGGAGCUGGUCAAAGUCACAGUGGGACACGAGGGGCAGUACACGUGUAUCGUGGGCUACGGGGCACAGCAGCAGCAGGGGAGCACCAGCCUGCGCGUGCUCGGUGAGGGCCGGAGAGGGGCCCCGCGUGCGUCCCCGGGUGGCCGUGGGCGCCGCCAGGACGGGAAAGGCUGGGAAAGGUCUGAGCCCAGUGACAUCAGCCCCAACCCGGAUGGCACCUUCACGGUGACGAGCGUGUGGAGAGUGCCCAGCCGGAGCCUGACCGGCCCGGAGCUGCGAGUGCGAGUGUCAGUGGAGCACGGCCCCGGAGACCCCCCGGUGGAGAGAGAGCUGCGCCUGGGGGACGCCGGGCUCCUGCGGCCUCCGGCGCUGUCGGACAUCUCCCAGCCGGAGUCAGUGCCCGUGGGGAGCAGAGUCACCCUGAGCUGCUGCAUUUCGGAGCAUUUCCCAGCUGAGCUGAGGGUGGCCUGGCUCCGGAAGGGCAAGGGAGAGGCUCCAGCCGUGCCCCUGGCGGACUCAGAUGACUACAGGAUCCAACCGGGCACGGCCGUGCAGGCGCCGGAUGGGAAGAGUUUCCAGCAGGAAACAAGACUGAUCUUCACCCCAUCGGUGCAGAGAGACCAGGGCGCCCAGUACAUCUGCCGCGUGCAGCACGUGGCCCUGGAGCAGGCCAUGGAGAAACGCAGCACAGGGCUGCAGGUGACAGGUGGCGGCACAAGUGGAGGUCGAUCCUCUAAUGACAGCAAGGGAUAA